AUGGGCUGGCUAUCCCAUCCUUUGGAAGAGCUGGAUAUCUACAAUUACCAGAACGCGACCCCAUUAAGCGAAGAGCUUGUGGAUCAGAUCACUGGUGUCGUCAAGAACUUGAGCUCUCUUCGUAUGGCCGUCGUGCAUGAACUUAUCCCCGCCUCUCCAGAGGGGGAGAUCCUGGUGGACCUAGAUGGGCUCCACUUCCCACAACUAGAGUUUCUGAGCCUAGGUCGAUUUUCCUUUGUGAAAGACGAACAGCUGGUCUGGAUUUUGGGCCAUUCCUCAACCUUGGAGGAACUCUAUCUCGACGAUUGCAGCAUCAUAUUUCACGCAAAGUUUUGCACCGAUGAAUACGAGCCAGAGAAAUGUGGUAUUUCUCAAUCCAAGUUGAAGAACACGGGUCACGAAUUGGCCACACACUUCUACUAUACCUAUCAAAGCCGCUGGCAUGAUUAUUUUACCGCCAUACAAGAGGGCCUUCCUCGUCUCCGCCGAUUCAAGAUAGGCGAAAGCAUCGAGUGGGCUGAGGAUUACACAAUUCCUCUCGAGGGAGAAGAAAGGUUAGUGCCUGGAUUGAUGGACGACCGGUAUAACGCUUUCGAUGGAGGACUCGGACCUUGUCAAUUUAUCACCCAGCAAGACUUUCAAGAUAUGAAGGAGGACGAAGGUGGACCUGCGUAUGAAGGGGUGGAGUGGCCUGGGUGCAACGAGGCCGACCGCGAUGCAUUGAAAGAGCUCUAUCGCAGCAUUGGUCAGUGGGUGGACUGCGGUCAUAUCAACCUCGAAUCUAGUCGUCACGUUGAAGAUUUGCUGCAAGUCGAAAGUUACCGUGGUCCUGUGAGGAUCAGGACAUGA